AUGGACGGUAGACCAUAUAACGAAACCUACGGAAAAGAUGGCGCUCUACAGAACUGGCAGAGAAAUGCGACGGAAACGCUUGCUCGGGGGCUUGGGGCGCAAGCGGAACCACAACGUCUUCAGAGAAUCCGACCAGGUCCAAACUCUGCCCGACCAGAAAGAGUUGUGACGCCUGAGCAGCCAGAAGACUUCGACAAUGAGUUUUCGAUUGGUGGUAGCACAGUUAGAUCGGUGGACCAUCCCUCGUCAACCCAAGCAUCCCCUCGCUCAAUACCAGGUGGGGAGAAGCCACGAGACCGUAGGCAGGGCCUGGUAUUUCAAGAUUCAUAUUCUACCGAUUCUUUGGAAGGUCGUACAGGACCUCCAGUGAGCUUCCAUUCUAGACCCAGAACCCGUACCACAAGUGGGGUUGAGGAACACAAACGUAACCGUUCUACGUCGACAAAUGUGUCGAGAAGCAGACACCGGAUCGGUUCUGUACACUCUACCAGCUCUUCGGUGUUCCAUAAUGCGGAAGCUCGAGGUACGAAUGAUGCGUCUAAUUCGCUGGGUUUCCCAUCUAUUGCUAGUCGUCCUACCCAAAACCCACAACUUCAGAAGUCCAACUCUGUCAAGAGUGGUCGACAACGUCUUGUCAAACGAGGCUCACGACCCACGUCUCCACUGACAGCGAUGAGUGACGUUCCAUCCGUGGACUCUCUUCCUUUUCCAAUAGCAACUUCAGACGCUAAUAAAAUACUAAUGUUAAUGCAAACCUUGUGUGGUCGGAUGAGAGGAGAGGUUGAAUAUCAGACAGAUGAUGCCGGUCUUUGGAUUUCUGGCAUUUGCUAUAUAGACGACAUCAAGGGCUCUUUAAUGCAUGAAGGUGACGGCAGUGGCCUAUCUCACGCUGCAGUGAUCUCAGACCUCCGAGGAUGUCGAGUACGCCCAAUUGUAUCUCAGGAGCGACGUACACGGUGUCUAGAAAUUUCCCAUAAAGCGCAAGGGAUUGAAAUGAAUCUCAUACCAGUCGUCAAAGCGGAAUUCGACUUGUGGCUAGCGGCACUACUGUGUUGGCAGCAGGUCCGAAAAGGGACACUACCAGCUACAUCCACUAAAGCUGCCCAUUCUCUAGGCGACCGACCUAAUCCUCCAAGACGGAGUUCAACUCAACCGCGGUCAUCGUCAGCAUCUGUGGCGGGCAAAGAAGGUAACAUCAUCAAGGUUGCCAAAUGUCUCUUGUGGGAUAAAGGUGCACCAUCUUCACCAAGGGCCAUUGUUAGAAGGCCAUCAACGCGCGAUCUAAAAUCGCCGGCCAGAACAUGGAGGAAGGUUUCAUGUAUACUUCAGGAUAAUGGCGAAUUCAAGCUGCUUACGGAAAAUGAUAUCAAUCUACUUUCAAUCAUUCAGCUUUCUCAGCUCUCGCGAUGUGCAGUACAGAAGCUGGACAGAUCUGUACUGGAUCAGGAUUUUUGUAUAGCUAUAUACCCACGUUAUACCGCAUCAUCAACCCAGCUCUCCAUCUUCCGACCAGUCUACAUAGCACUGGAAUCCCGACUACUGUAUGAAGUGUGGUUCUGUUUGUUGAAUGCCUUCUCAGUCCCGGAAAUUUAUGGUGUACCACACUCAGAUGAUUCCACGGAGUUCGACAUUGCGGAGGAUGCGGAAGUGCGGUCUUCUCCAGAUAUGUUUCGAAUCGAGAAGUCCCUGAAGCUACGAGUAGUUGAAGCUAAGAUGAGGAAACAAGUGGCGAAACCAGAAUCUUUCUCCCAAUCAGGCAGACUUUCUGUGAAACAAGAAGCUGAUCUUUCAAUUGGAGAGUAUUUCGCCGAAGUCGUGUUGGACGGAGAAGUUCGAGCACGGACAAUAACCAAAGCGGAUACGAGAAAUCCAUUCUGGCGUGAGGACUACGAGUUCCAAAGUCUGUCACCUCAGUCACCGCGACUCAUGAUUGUAUUGAAGCGUGUCGAUACUACUACUCAACAUCACGGAUUCUUGUCCGCGAACAUCCAUGGGCCCGAUCAAGCGGAUGAAAUCCUUUGCGGCACGAUAGAAAUCUCAGUGGACAAAUUCGAACGUGGUCAGGAUAACGAAGCGUGGUGGCCUGUACUUGACAAUUCGCAAGAAAAGAUAGGAGAGAUAUUCCUCAAGAUUCGCUAUGACGAGCUAGUAGUGUUGCUCGCGAAGGACUACGAGCCACUAUCUCUGUUAUUGCACAACUUUGGCAGUGGAUUGACAGAUCAGAUUGCCCAGGCAAUAUCACGAAAUCUUCGAGGUCUUUCUGAAACGUUGAUGAACAUAUUCCAGGUCUCUGGACAUGCUUACGACUGGCUUGCGGCUCUGGUAGAAGACGAGAUUGACGGGAUCAGUAAAGAGACACCUAAUCGGAGAGUGCGAUGGAGUCGAAGAAUUGGCUCAAACGAGUCUUAUAAUUCUGUUGGCGAUCGCGAGCAAACUGUUCGAGACAUUGGAAAGUCUCUUCAAGGAGAGGCCAAUCUGCUGUUCCGGGGAAAUUCGCUGUUCACUCAAGCUAUGGACUUUCAUAUGAGGCGGCUUGGAAAAGAAUACCUCGAGGAAGUAUUAGCUGAGAAAGUUGUGGAGAUAAACAAGCUCAACCCAGACUGUGAGGUGGACCCGUCUCGACUUGGUCAUGGCGAAGAUAUCAAUAAGAAUUGGAAAUUGCUUAUUUCUCUGACGACCGAGAUAUGGGAUGGCAUCGCUGGUUCUUCAGCUCGCUGUCCCCCAGAACUUCGUCAAAUACUGAAGUACAUACGGGCCGUCGCCGAAGAUCGUUAUGGUGAUUUCUUCCGGACAGUAUCGUUCACUAGCGUUUCUGGGUUCUUGUUUCUUCGCUUCCUUUGUCCUGCUCUCCUGAAUCCUAAACUCUUCGGACUUUUACGCGACCAUCCUCAAGCGAAAGCACAACGAACUUUCACUCUUAUUGCGAAGAGUCUGCAGGCACUUGCAAAUCUGAGCACGUUUGGCCAGAAAGAAUCUUGGAUGGAGCCUAUGAACCGCUUCCUCCACAGCCAUCGACAAGGACUCAAAGAUUUCAUCGACGCAAUCUGCUCUAUAUCGUCCGAGAGAAAUAAUUUCUCACUUCCAGCUUCAUAUUCAACGCCUAUUACGAUUCUCGCACGCUUGCCACCAACGUCUCGUGAAGGGUUCCCGUCCUUGCCAUAUCUCAUCGACCAUGCACGAAAUUUUGCUGGGUUGAUAAAGUUAUGGCUAGACUCAACGUCCAACUUCGUUCUUCUCAAUUCCUUCGAUGGGGACUUGGCAGAAUUCAAUAAAAUGUGCCUUGAGUUGCAGCGGCGCGCAGAUGAGUGCCGCCUCAACGCAGAAAGUGGUGAUAGCACGGAUCAGCUCUCUCUUCAGUGGGACGACCUCGCGGAUGAAGUCGAAGGCAUAACCAUUCAGGAUUCUCCCAACCUAACAAACUACCCUCUUGAACCCUCACCCACAUCCUUCCAUUCGCCACAAUGGUCCGAAUUCACUACCACAAUCACAGGCGGCAUUCCUCCCGGCUCCUCAGGCAGUCUCCGCGACCGUGACAAGCGCGAGCGUCAAAGUUUCUGGGAAUCAACCUUUGGACGAGAACGUGAGAGCAAGAUCGCCGCUGACGGGAGCAACGCCAGUCCUCCAAGUCGCGGCCAAAGUAGAAACGGGAACAAAGGCGACGACAAAAAACGUGGAUUCCUGAGCGGAUUACGCAGAAAAGGAACGAAAGAUAGCGAGAAAGAAAAGAUUAAACAGGAGAGAAGCGUCAGUAUCGCUGAGAGUGUCGGUGGCCCCUCGGAAUAUAGAGAGAGACUUGGGUCCGCUGCGCAAGCUGGGACGCCGGGGAGUUCCUCGACUGGUGGGGGGACGGGGAUGAUUUGA